AUGGGUUCGAACAAGCCCCGUGGUAUCCAGGCCGCCCGUAAGCUCCGCACCUCGCGUCGCGAGAACCGUUGGGCCGACAAGGACUACAACAAGCGCGCUCUCGGCAAGUUCUACAAGACCUCGCCCACCGGUGGCUCGUCGCACGCCAAGGGUAUCGUCCUUGAGAAGGUCGGUGUUGAGGCCAAGCAGCCCAACUCGGCUAUUCGCAAGUGUGUCCGUGUCCAGCUCAUCAAGAACGGCAAGAAGGUCACCGCCUUCGUCCCCAACGACGGUUGCCUCAACUUCACCGACGAGAACGACGAGGUCCUCAUCUCGGGCUUCGGUCGCCGCGGUAAGGCCAAGGGAGACAUUCCCGGUGUCCGCUUCAAGGUCGUCAAGGUCGCCGGUGUUGGUCUCCUCGCUCUCUGGAAGGAGAAGAAGGAGAAGCCCCGCUCGUAA